AUGGCACAUACGCCUACAGUCACGGCCUCUUCCUCCCCUCACCAAAACUCCAGCCUUUCUCAUUUUCCUUCAACAUCUCUCGAUGUAAGUACAUCUGGCGGUCUUAGCGGUCAUUGGGCUUCCGGUGGUCUAAGUGUGGAUGAACCUGAUUCCUCCUCUGCUACACUCCAUCCCACCUACGCUCUCCUCAGCGCUCCUACAACUCUUCCUAGUGAGAACUCGCAAUUCUUUCACAAACUGCCUGAUCAUCAAAUGACUACCUCCACAUCUUCCAAUGGCAACAAUUAUUUCAUUGCUAUGGAUGGGGGAGGGGAGUACUACUCACACCCACCAUCAUCAUCCUCAGCAUUCAACCAGUUGCCUCCUCCAACAGAACAGAACAGACAGUUGACCGACCUCGACAGUGCCAACAAGGGUCCUUCUCGCUCCACUGGCGGUGUCAGUUUGCCCGGCUUUACUAGUCCUGAGUCGGCCUUCUACCAAUAUCAGAAUCGUAUGGAAGGACAGUUGUGUCAAAUAUGUGGCGAGCUUGCUGCUGGGUUUCAUCACGGCGCUUAUGUCUGCGAGGCUUGCAAGGUUUGUGCAGCAAUUAAGUCUCAUUCUUAG